CAUGACGAUCAGCAGAAUAAUCUGGAAACAGUACAAUUUUGAGGUUAUGUUUGGUGUCAAAGAUCGCCACAAGAUGGCGCCACUCGGCAGUUCUCUCGAAAAAAUUCGUUGCCAUGACGACGUCACGCGCAGGAUUGAGGGAGCCAUUGGAACCGAUGAACAGACACUCGACCCUUUUGUCAUCCCCUUCACUGAUCCUAGGGAUUGCUCCCUGAGGAAGUGCUUCGAUGCUAGUAUUGGAGUUUGCAAAUCACCUGGUACUUGCUCAAGUGAAUUGAGGAACGAAACCCUUGGAAAGUGGUCAGACUGUUCCUUACUCUGUCCUUCGGCUGAUAAAAGCUGCAGGACAAUUGUUGACAACAAUCAUGAAGCUGAAAUCGAGGAUUCUCACUACGUUAUCACCGAGUUAUCACCAACAACUCCAUUGCAGUGUCAGUUACCUGGUGAUAAGUCCAAUCCUCGUGGCAGUAAUGACAGUUGUCUUCCAUCAGCCACUGGAAUUCGAACCUAUUGUCUUCACAGAAAUAUCUCCAGCAACUGGCAGGACGUCAAGAGCAAUUACCUGAUUAAUUUCAGUAAUCGUAGUAUUGACAGUUACUACUUGAGGAGGGAAUUGCAAUUCGUCGUCGCCUGGUGUGGGGAGGGGGAUCCUGGAGCCUGUGAGCAUCUCUCGAAUAUUUGUGUCCUGACGUUGAGAGCAGAGAGUUUUCCCUGCCAAAGAUUUUUGGGGGAGACUCCACCGAGAAGGCUGUUCUGGGCUGUUGGAAACCCCAAAAGCAUUUUGGAACGCAGGGGAAUUCCCAACAAAUUCAAACUGUCGAAUAAAGAUUCUCAAAACAACAGACUCAAUUUUAUUUUCGCCAAAUACUCGUUGAGAGGCGCCUUCAGAUCCUAUUCCGACUGGAUAUCUCCGUGCUCGUUCUUCAAGAACGUGAGGUUUGGGAUAAAUGGUGAUAAAAUCUGCUGGACCUCCGCCAAGGAACUGAUUGACCUCAGGACCACAUUCUACGUGCCUUAUCUCUCCUUCAUUGCCAACGAUAAUAAAAAUAAAUAUCUGUAUCCACUGCCAGUGUUAGUGAAGAACGAGACAGUGGACAUGAAGGACACCUCCCGGUGGGUUCUGAUGAGCAAAUUUUUUAUGGUGGACAAAGUCACUGGUGCAGGAGUCCCCAUGGCAUCGGACAAUUUUUCAACAGUUCCAGAGAUCGAGAUACUUCGUUAUGUCAAGUCAUUGACUAUUCAAGUUCGUGCGCAAGAGAGGAAGGAACGGGGAAAGAUUUUUCCUCCUUUGAUCGUUCUGGAAUAUGGGGAACUGACUCAGGAUGAUGUAGAGAAAAAUGUGGAGAUUCCCAUCGAGUACAGAAUCAUCUUCAAGUUGAGUGAGAAGACGACCAACUUGUGGAUUAAGGUUGGAAUGGGGGUGGCUUCAGGGCUCUCCCUGAUUUACGCGAUAUUCUGCACGUUCAGCCACUUCCGGAGAAACAACAACAGCGUUCCAAUCCUCAAAUCCCUUGGUUGUUUCUUAAUCUACUACUGUGGAGCCUUCGGAACGGAGCUACUCAUAAUCUCCACCUCCGUCUGCCUCUCCGCCUUCAUCUUCUACAAGGGCCAGACAGUCCUCCACAUCCUCCUCCCCACCGAGAACACCGAGAAGUUGAUAAAGAUCUGUGCAAUUGUCGCAUUCACAUCGAAAACGAUCGAAAUAAUCGCACUGGUGUUCCAGUUACGAAGUGUCAACCUCUUCUUCAUCGACUGGGAGACCCCCAGGUGCAUAAAUCCCCCCACGAGCUACGACUCCCCUCACACAUCCUUGAAGAAAUCCUACAAUCAGAGAUUUCGGAAAGACUCUGGACACUCACAACGAGCACCUGGAGAAGCUGCUGCCUCUCGAAGGAACAAAACCCCAUCGAAGUCGAGUCAAGGUAGCACACCCAGUCGACAAUCAGCGAGUCGAGACCUGGAGGCUCUGGAUCAAUUUUCUCCGAAUUAUAUUGACGCCAAUUUCUCUGUUGAUGAACAUGACAUCAAGCAGAACACAACUGUCAGCAUGUGGAGGACUUACGUCGUUGCUAACGAGUGGAUAAAGAUGAAGACUAAACGGAAAAUUAAUUUGUUGCUUCACGUUUUUGCAACUUUAUUUUUUCUCGAGGUUUUGGGACUGAAAAAUUGGGCCCUUGCGAUUCCCUCGUUAAAACCUCCUCGAGAGCAAAUGGAUUUCAUCAAAGAGAGCUUCACCCUGAAGAUUGCAGUUGGAUCCUUAACGUACCUUCUUCUGUACUCCGUCCAACUGUUGACGUCAAUGUUAUACACAAAAUACUACAAAAAUCGUCUCCACGGUUUUGUGGACUUGUGCUCAGUCGCCAACGUCAGCAUCUUCAUCCUCGUUCACGAGUACUACGGUUAUUAUAUUCACGGAAGAUCGGUUCAUGGAUUUGCUGAUACAGAUCUCCUCACGAUCAUUCAGGAUCUGAAGCGAGAGGAGGACAAUCUCUGCGCCCACAGGGGCCUCAUUCCUGGUACCACUGAUCAGACGUUUGUCCUGUGUGUGUCCAAGACAUUCAAGUCGUUUUAUGAUUCCGUGGCCAUGAGGGAUCCGAAUGAGAGAAAAUUUUCCCGAAAACACGCGGUGGGCCUUCCCAAUUGGGACGAGAGGUGGAAGAUCCAUUUGACGAUUAAAAAAUUUCUCGCUGGAUUUUUGGAUCAUUGUUUCAAAAAUGUUGAGUAUACGAUCAAGGAGAGGCACUUGGUGGAGAAACUCCUUGACAUGGAGUUCAUGGACAGCAGUAGGGACAAAUCGAUUUUUUAUAUCGAUACGAAGUAUUCGUUCGAUCAGGCUUUUUUUUAUGGAAACGAAUGGGCCUUGGCGACUUUCGAAGCGUCAGUUUUUGUAUUAAUUCUCGCAUUCGGUGGUAAUUACGUGUUUUCCGCUGUUGGAACUAUUUUUUUAUCCUCAAUCAUCGAAUUGGCAGUUAAAUUCGAUAUGAAGAAGAAUUUGGCAGGAAAAACAUUGAUUGAUGAACGAUUUCUAUUGUCGUAGGAGCAAUAAAAAAAUUUUGUACCCAAUUAAUUAGUCAUAAGACCCAGAACCAGUGAACACAUGAUGAGGUAAUUAAUGGAGUAAUUUGUAACUACGAAGUUGGCGAUGAUAAUUUAGUUUAAUUAAUUAUUCGAUACUUUAUUUUUCGAGCUUACGACCUAUCAACUACUUCACAUCAAUUGUUUAAACGAAACGUUCCUAGUGGUCCUUUCCAUGAUCGUCGUGAUGAUGCCAGGGAUGGUAG